CAAUGACAAGUUAGAAGCAGAUUUAGAAUACAGUAAUGACGAGUCAGAUUUUAAUGAAGAUGAAAAUGUAAUUGAAGAUAUUGAAGAACAGAUCGAAGUUGGAAUUAAAAUUGAUUCAAAUGUAUCUAGAUCUAUUUCAGAAGAUCUAACAAAUGUUUUAAAGUAUUCUGAUGAAAAAAGCCCAAUGGAUAUUUGGAAGUUACCUUCUGAAAUAACUGUUACUAAAGCAAUCUGUGAUUCUACCAUUCUUCAUAAAUCUCACCUAUCUAAUUUGGGAAUUAUAUGCGUUAGAGCAAAUGUUCGAUAA